UAUCUAUGCCACGGUAUUGUUAUUGUUUUUUUUUAUAUUUCAUCAAAGUUCAAAACACAUUUUCCUCAAAAUUAUAAAUUAAAUUGAACAUGGGUAAGAAGAAAAAUAAAAACAAGGUGAGCGGCGCAGUUAAAACCGCAGCCAAAACUGAUAAGAAGCUAGCAAACAAAUUAAAAAAGGAACUGGCGAAUCUAGGGGAGGAGGAUAUUGCAAAAGUUAUAGCAGAAAUAGAGAAGGAGGAGGCAAAACGUGCUGCAGCAUCAGAGAAGAUAUUAUCUGGACCUCCUUCCUCAAGAGCUUACGCUUCUCUCACACCUCAUCCUACCAGCAAUGAGUUGAUCAUGUUUGGUGGAGAGUUCCAUAAUGGACAACAGACAGCAGUGUACAAUGAGCUGCUGUUCUUCAAUCCUGCAAACGGUAGUUGGAGGCUAGUGAAGGCCCCGGGAGCCCCACCGCCGAGAAGUGCACACCAAGCUGUGGCCACAUCCGCUAAUAAAGGUGAGCUAUGGAUAUUUGGAGGUGAAUUCACAAGUCCCUCGGAGACUCAAUUCCACCAUUAUAAGGACUUAUGGUGUUUUUCACUGGCUGAAAAGAAAUGGGAAAAGGUGGUGGCCCCAAACGGCCCGUCGCCCAGGUCGGGGCAUCGCAUGGUGCUGCUGGGGCGCAAGCUGUUCAUAUUCGGCGGCUACUGCGACGACGGGCGCGAGUGCCGCUACUUCGACGACCUCUACACCUUCUGCCUGGACACCCGCCAGUGGGAGAGGCUGACCCCCAGCGGGCGGGGGCCUUGUGCGAGGUCCGCGUGUGUUAUGUUGCCUGUUGGCAACGAUUCCCUUAUCAUUGACGGUGGCUUCUCUCGCGUCCGCGAAGGGCGCGCGGAGCGUACACAGAAUCACAUGGACAUGUUCAAGCUGAGCUGCAAGGGCGCCGCAUGGGCGUGGCGCGCGCUCGCGGGCUCCAAGAACAGCCUCGCGGGCCGCGCCGCCGCCGUCAACGCGCACAGCAACAGGGGCUAUGUAUUCGGAGGCGUUUGUGAUUUCCUGGAGAACGAGGAAGAGUUAACAGGUGUGAUGAGCGAUGAUCUGUCCAUGGUGGAUCUGGACAAGUGUCGCUGGCACGCGGUCACGCUCCGCUCGGAGCAGUCCGCACCGGCCGCACAAACCUCCGCACCGACCGCCGAGGAUUCCGCACCAACCGCAGAAUCCGCAUCGGAGGAUACUGGACAAGCCAAGGAAGCUGUUACAGUGGUAACAGACGAAGUAUUUACCAUGAAGCUAGGGGGCGUUCCAGUGCAAGCAGAACCAGACACAGUGGUUACUCUAGCGCCGCGACAAGAGAAGACAGGGCCCAGCGCGCGCAUGUCUGCUAUGAUGGCUAUACAACGCUCUGUGUUGUACGUGUACGGCGGCGUUCUAGAAAAGGACGAGAAACAAUUCUAUCUAGGAGACAUGUACAGUCUAGAUUUGCAUAAACUAAACGAAUGGAAAACCCUGAUCGAACAGCCACCAUUGCCGGAUUGGCUCGGUUCGGACAUCGAGGAGUAUACCACAUCAGACGGAGAGAGCGAGACAGAUGAUAGCGAAGACUCAGAGGAGGAAUAGUGACGGGGAUAGAUUUAAGCUAGUCUCAUAACCGUAAACUUAACUAUGGACUAUUCACGUUAGAUCGUGCGCAGAUUCACAUUCGAAUAGUCUAUUUAAAAAAUAAAUGGUGAUACUUCAUGAAGGACUAUUCAUGUCAAAUCGUGCAAAUGUGAAUAGUCCAACAAGUGAAUAGUCUAGGUAUUUAUUUUUUGCGUAUACUAUUAAGAAUCACCCUCAUGUCGUGUUAAAACAGUAUAAUAUCACCUACUAACAUGAAUUAAAUUACAACAGUUAUCGCGUUUACCAACGUAUCGAGUUGAUCUGUUGAUGUUGGCAAGUACACUAUAACAUGGUAGUUACCCUGUUAUUUCAUCCGUACCAAUUCUCUUAAUAUGGGACUAUUCAAUUUAUUUAUUAGGUACUUACUUUGUUACCUUGCUGCAAAUGUUUGUUGCGAUGCGUGUGAAGAAUAAUUUUAAAAUGAAUACUGCCUCGAAAUUAUAUUUUUAUAGCCGGUUUUCUUCUCACGCUGAUCAUAUUGGUGCUCACAGGUGAUAAACUGUGUCACUUUCAGUAUUUUUAUAAUUCAAUGCAAUAUUUAUUAUAACUAAACAAGAUUAGGCGUGCAAGCUUUUAAAUAAAUAAAUAACAAACUAAAUAAUAAAAACUCUACUUCGAAUGUGUUUUUUGGUCCCAACACUUGCACGAUAUUUUAUUGAUACGAUUUGAUUGAAAAGAUUUGCUUUUACUAUCUAAGCUAGAAAAAAGACAUCUAAGUAAACGAACUAUUCAGAAAAUCUGAAAUAUAAAGGUACCUAGUACCUAAGUAAAUCAUAAUAUUUUUUAAAAUAAGUAUUUGAAUGUUUAAACUUUAAAGACAGGUGAGAUUUAUGUUAAAAAUAAAAUAAAAAAUAUAUUAAAAAUCUAUUGCGAUUUUAUUCAUUUAAAACAGUUAUUUAUAAUAUAAAUAUUGUGUGCGUUUCAAAAAUGAAAGUAGUAGUAGGUAUAAGUAUGGCAUGUAAGAUAAGUUCACUUAGGUUAAUCGACUUAGAAUGGACUACGCAAUCUGUAGAAAAAAAUUACAAUAACUAAUACAGCCUACCUUACUUCUAACUCAAACAAACAUAGUAAGGCAGUGAUCGAGAAAUAUAUUUUGCUUGUCAAGUAAAAGCUACGAGCUUGUUUUGUCAAUUAGAAUAGAGAUGACGCUAAUGUAACAUACUCGUCCCGAAUAAGGUCAGAAUGUAUACACUCAUCUACGUUGACAUUACCAAAAAUCUGCUUGAUUAAAAUUGUUGGUUACCUGAUAUAUUAUGGUGCCUACCAAAGAAGAUUACGAGUUUGCAGUGAUACUGUAGCAUACUGUGUAGUCCAAACUAUACGUCUAUACACUGGGGUGACUUAAAUAAACUAGAGCUUUAUAAAAAUCUACAAUUUUCCAAUGCGUUCAAUAUAUUCAAUAUAUUUAUUUAUUUAUUUAAUCCUAAAUUGUUCAACACAUUGUUUAGAGAAAAAAAUCAUUUACAUUAAGUAGGUAUUUAUAGCAAAGUAAAGCUGAAGCCAACAUAGUAAUAGUAAAAAACCUAGAUUAAAAUAUAAAAUUGCGUCGUUAUAAUAAAAAAAUAUAAAAUUAAUAAAGCAAAGUUAACUAUAGUACGUCAGUCGGUUAAUCUAAGUCCGAUGGAAACACGAGUAUAACACAACCAAAAGAAAGAGUUCAGACAGUUUUGAAAAGCAUACACCUUCAUCUUACAUCCAUAAUUGGUCGUGUUUAACUUUCUAGUUCCUUAGUUAGAAAUAAAAUUUUACAGAUGUCUGUCUGAGAUGACAUUUACACAUACAAUGGACUAUUUAUUGGUCAGACGGAUGAACUGAUUAAUGUAUGACUCCAAUCUUCAUUGUAGAAUCCACUUUUGUGUUCGUUAACUUACUACCCUACUUAGUAGGAUUUCAGUUUUGAAAUAAAGUAGUUAAACUGUAGGUACUCAUUGUAUUUACAAAACGUAUUUUAAAAUAUUAAUUCUGAUAUAUAGAGUAAUCAGUUGGGUACCAAUAAUAUUGGAACCAUGUCUUAAAAAUCAUUGAUUCAAGUAACUCCUCUUUCUUGCGGCUGUAUUGUACUCGAAGAACAAAAUAUCGAAAGCAAAUCAGUCUUAACUUACACUUAGAUGUACGACUAAAAUUAUAUGUACACUUUUAAAUAAUUUUUUGAUCUCCGAAACUAGAAAAUAGACAUCACUUCCCGCCAAGAUUAUUUACAAAGAAACUUCAUCAAUCAGA